CGAGUUCACGCCGGAGCGCAGCGAGGGAGCGUCUCGUUCGGACCCGGCCGCUCGGCGGGACUCUGAGGAAGACCUACCACCAGGUGGAUGCCGUCUGUCACCAUGGGUAAAGGAGACCCCAACAAGCCGCGGGGCAAGAUGUCCUCGUACGCCUUCUUCGUGCAAACCUGCCGGGAAGAGCACAAGAAGAAACACCCGGACUCUUCCGUCAACUUCUCGGAAUUCUCCAAGAAGUGCUCGGAGAGAUGGAAGACCAUGUCUGCCAAGGAAAAGUCAAAGUUCGAAGAUCUGGCAAAGAGUGACAAAGCUCGCUACGACCGGGAGAUGAAAAAUUAUGUUCCCCCCAAAGGUGACAAGAAAGGAAAGAAAAAAGAUCCCAAUGCUCCCAAAAGGCCUCCAUCUGCCUUCUUCCUGUUUUGCUCUGAACAUCGCCCAAAGAUCAAAAGCGAACACCCUGGUCUAUCCAUUGGGGAUACUGAAAAAAAACUGGGUGAAAUGUGGUCUGAACAAUCAGCCAAAGAUAAGCAACCAUAUGAACAAAAAGCAGCUAAACUAAAGGAGAAAUAUGAAAAGGAUAUUGCUGCAUACCGUGCCAAGGGCAAAAGUGAAGUGGGUAAGAAGGGCCCAGGCAGGCCAACUGGCUCAAAGAAGAAGAACGAACCAGAAGAUGAGGAGGAGGAGGAAGAGGAAGAUGAUGAUGAUGACGAAGAGGAUGAAGAUGGGUAAAG